AUGCGUUCAGGACUGGAACGAAUCCAACCAGCACCAGAAUCUUCUGAGGCACCAGUAGAAUCCGAAGAAAUAGAUACCGACGACUCUUUCAAGCCCUCACGCGCUGCACGACGAGGCUCUACCCAACGAGCAAGAGGUGGUGGUCGAGUUGGCUCCUCUAGCCGUCGCAACAACAAGCGACAUCGAUCUCGAUCUCCAUCCCACGAUGAAGACGGUCCCUCUGUUUCAGAUGGUGAGGAGUCCAAACCCAACAUGACAAAUUAUCAACAGCUGGGUCUACAAUGGGGAUUGGCCCGAGCCGAAGAAGAACUGGCCUCACUUGGCAUUCAAAAAACCAAUCGCCCCUCGCCGAUUGGUUUAUUCGAAGCACAAGCGCUCCAAUCCCGUUACGAUUUGGAUAAGACCAUGUUGUGCAUAGUCUUGAAAUGUAGCCGUAAAAUCUUGGACGAAGCUUUAUUGGAAGGACCUCUGGCUCGCGAACCAAACCUGUACACCAAUUUCCAGACUUACAGUGUUGUUGCCACCACCACCCAAAUGCCUAGUAGGGGGACCUCAAACGGAUUUGGGCAACGUAAUAGUAAGGUCGGCAGUACCUGGAGCACUUACAACCAAGACGAAAGAGAAGUAUUCUGUCCUCGACUUUUUGAACGGUUAUGCCUAGCCACCAGCGAGGCCUAUUCCCUCACCCAAACCCCAGAUGGCAUUCCAAAUGCCGUUACCCCUGCAGCACCAAUGACCGCCAAGAAUAGUACGGCUACAGACCUUGAACCCCUCAGUCAAGCAGAUCUAGACAAGUACGCGCCCAUAUUCACACGACUUGUCAACUUGACCAAAGUCUCCCGAGACUUGCACCAAGGUUCCUUAGCUCACAAUUCUAUGUUGUCCCUCUUAGCUUUCUGUCCUGGAAAACCAUUUCACCCUCCACUUCCACCUGUUGGUAGCCCGUUGGAACCCAGCUUCGCCUACCUCACGUGCCCUUUUCCAGAACGAGUACACCUCGAGCACCAGAUGGGCACGACUCCAGCAGAAACCCAUCUGCUGGAACGUUUUGCAUUUGAGUCCACACAAGGCCCACAAAUCACCUACGCCCCAAACCUAGCAAACCUAAGCCUCAGUCAGAAGCCGCCGCCCGCCAAGCCCAACGAAGAGCAGACCUUGCACAAGCCCUCAAUGAUCUCAUAUAUCUUUUACCAAUUAGCACCACACCUUCGCAAUGGCUGGCUUAGCAAGGGUGACUUUCACCCAAAGUUGGCCAAUGUUGUAGCCGCUUUCGAGAAGAAAGAAUUCAGAGGAGAAGUGAUGCUUAGAAUACAUCGAACUUCUGACUGUCGUGUCACGGAUAUGAUGCUAGCCAAAGGACCUGGGCGUCUAACUAACGAAGAAGUCAUCAUCUGGAUUGAAGAGAUCGAGCAAAAGAAAUACUCAAUCAUUCGAUUCAAGAAACCGUCGACAGCACUUGAUACACAAGACACUCCCUCAAAUGAUGAAGCCCAGCAUGCGGAUGGUCAAACUGGUGGACACCACAAUUCACCCUCAAAUUCAAGCCACUCAAGGUAA